GAAUUUGCUUGGGCGGGGUGGGAGGCAGGAAGGGAGGAGCUGGUGGGGAGCGCAGCUGCCUGCCCUCCAGGCUCCUCCCGCUCCGGGGCGCCUCCGCCCUUUGCACCCGCCCCGCGUACAAAGACGCCCAGCAGUCCACGAUCGCCUCACCUCUGUGUGUCCAGCUCUCCCAACGACUGCUGCGCCUCGGGGCCCAGGUUUAAACAGGCCUCUUCAAGAUGCCGUCUCAGAUGGAGCAUGCCAUGGAAACCAUGAUGCUUACAUUUCACAGAUUUGCAGGGGACAAAGACUACUUAACAAAGGAAGACCUGCGAGUGCUCAUGGAAAGGGAGUUCCCUGGGUUCUUGGAAAAUCAAAAGGACCCCCUGGCUGUGGACAAAAUAAUGAAGGACCUGGACCAGUGCCGAGAUGGCAAAGUUGGCUUCCAGAGCUUUUUAUCACUAGUUGCAGGGCUCAUCAUUGCAUGCAAUGACUAUUUUGUAGUACACAUGAAGCAGAAGGGAAAGAAAUAGACCAAAUGGAGCCCUGAUACACCCUCCCCAGUGUGUGCUCUCCUACAGGGCCACUUGAGGACUCUGCCUCACUGCUUCUCAAGAGCAGAUCAGGACCCUUAGGAAAUGUGCAAAUAACAUCCAACUCCAAUUGACAAGCAGAGAAAGAAAAGUUAAUUCCGUGACAGAGAAGCUUUUGAUUUUUAUAUUGUUUGCACCCUGCUGCCCUCAAUAAAGAGAGUCCUUUUUUUUUUAGUUCUGAAUUUGA